AUGGAAAAUAUCUUAAUUGUCACUUCAGAAAACGAGAGGUAAGCAAGAUUAACGAAAACUGAGAUAUAUAUUCGAUUCUCUCGCUCCUAGCAGCCUUUCGUUUUAGUUUAAUUAAAAGUCAUGUUUCAAAACUAAGUUUAUUAAUAAAUCUCAGAGGCGGAUCCAGGAUUUUUUCAAGAGGGGGUGCACUCGUCUCUUGCUCUACUUCAACACCAAUAAACCACAUAGUUUUUUUUUUGGCAGAAUACCGGUUGUAUUAGAAAACCGCAGGUCAUCUCAGGUGGGGGGGGGGGGGUGGCCCCCACUGCACCCCCCCCCUAGAUCCGCCCUUGAAUCUUCCCCAAAACAUGAGGGAGCUUACGCGUAAGUUUUUUGACUUCCAACAUGACAAAGGGGUCCUUCCCCAGUGCCCGUAGAGCCUAUUUUUGUUUUGUUUUUUUUCUCCAAACUACUNGUCAGAUUUAUGCACGAAAAGGUUAAUAUCUUGUUGCUGAAGCUCAUACGAAGAUCUCGGACCAAGGCGGAGUAAAUUUCGAUGUUGAAGCGAGGGAAAUUGGCAUGGAAAAUAUCUUAAUUGUCACUUCAGAAAACGAGAGGUAAGCAAGAUUAACGAAAACUGAGAUAUAUAUUCGAUUUUCUCGCUCCUAGCAGCCUUUCGUUUUAGUUUAAUUAAAAGUCAUGUUUCAAAACUAAGUUUAUUAAUAAAUCUCAGAGGCGGAUCCAGGAUUUUUUCAAGAGGGGGUGCACUCGUCUCUUGCUCUACUUCAACACCAAUAAACCACAUAGUUUUUUUUUUGGCAGAAUACCGGUUGUAUUAGAAAACCGCAGGUCAUCUCAGGUGGGGGGGGGGGGGUGAGCACCACUGCACCCUCCCCCUAGAUCCGCCCUUGAAUCUUUCCCAUAACAUGAGUGAGCUUAAGCGUAAGUUCUUUGACUUCCAACAUGACAGACGGUGCUCUUCGCAGUGUCCGUAGAGCAUCAUUUUGUUUCUGCUUGUUUCUGCAAACUAAUUAUAAACAGACCUGGCACCCAGGUUUCCGUGCUGGGUGUGGAAUUAAAUCAAAUAACGGGAAACCUUGGAGCUUAAGUUUUUUUCCUAUGACAUUGUACAACACUCAAAAGUCUGCAGUUAAAAACGUCAAUAAAUUAUGAGGUGACUUGUAAAGAAAGCAGAACGAAACAGGGUUGGAGCAACUCACUGAUCUGUAAACUGUAAAGUUUAUUGAAUUUAAAGUUUAUUGUCAUCCGAAUAUACAACACAUUUUUGAAGAUUAACGACAGGAAACUAAUUACCUGUAGAAACCCGUACAUAUUUUAACUACGAUUAACUAAUAUCGAUUGGAAACUUUUCUUGUCCAAAUUAUAUAGAACACAAGAAAACAGAGGAUACUGUCGACAUUAAAGUAAGAGUACUCUUCUUUUCUAUCUCCGCAAAGUUGGAACAUGUUCACGAGAGUUCGGAGGUCAAAGGAUUUGCUGGGAUUGAUCAUUAUUCAUCUCAAACCAGAAACUGGACGAAGUGGGAAUUUGACGCUGAUUCAUUUGAAGAAGCAAAGACCGAAGUUAAAAAGCUUGAGACACAUAUGUAUAAUAUUCCAAACUUUGUUAAUCGCAUGCCUCACACAAAGCUCUUUGCCCUCCGCAUAGUGGUCACGCCAAAUGUUGGAGACGUGUUUAAGGCAGCUUUGUACCUUGAACUGGAAAAGAUGUUAAACGAACUCCAAGUAAUGUCUGUAGCAUCUUCCAAGUGCCGUAUUGAUUUCAAAUCAAACGGUCACUGA